CCUCACAGUUGAGCCACACCAUUGCAUUUGCAUAUAUGUGAGAAGAUGAAGAUGAAGAUGAUGAUGGAGGAAGAGAAGAAGAAUAGCCAUGGAAGCCCAAAGCUCCCUCACGGGGACACCCCCUACGUCCGGGCAAAACACGCUCAGGUAGUCGAGAGAGAUGGAGGCGCCGCCAUAGCCCUGUUCUGGAAGGCGAUAGACGAAGGAGACAGAGUGGACAGUGCUCUGAAAGACAUGGCAGUGGUUAUGAAACAGGAGGGAAGGGGUGAAGAAGCCAUUGAAGCCAUCAACUCCUUCCGGGGCCGAUGUUCUCCCCAUGCCCAGGAAUCUCUCGACAAUGUUCUUAUCGAUUUGUACAAGGCAUUCGGGAGAUUAGAUGAUCAGAUUCAUCUGCUGAAGCGGAAGUUGCAGAUGAUUUGCCAUGGAGAAGCGUUCAAUGGAAAACCCACCAAGACCGCUCGCUCCCACGGGAAGAAAUUCCAAGUCACAGUCAAGCAGGAGACCACAAGGAUCCUGGGGAACCUGGGGUGGGCAUACAUGCAGAAGAAGAACUAUGGAGCAGCUGAGGUUGUGUACCGCAAAGCGCAGGAGAUUGAAGCAGACUCCAACAAAGCCUGCAACCUGUGCCUCUGCCUUGUGAGACAAGGGAAAUGCAGUGAAGCACGGGCCAUUCUUCAAGGCGUUCUUCGUGGGGACCCCUACGGUUCCUCGGACCCCAAGACCGUGGCUCGCGCCAAACAGCUUUUGCUGGAGACCGAGCAGUGUUUUGAGGCCGCUGUGGGAAACCCUUCGCCCACUUUCGCGCUUAGUUUUGUCGAAGAUGCUUUUGUUGAGGGUGUGGAUAAGAUGAUUAACCUAUUGAGGUCUAAUAAUAGUAGUAGUAGUAGGAGACUUCCCAUUUUUGAAGAAAUCUCCCCUCAAAGAAAUCAACUGGCUUGUUGAUACUGUAUUGAACCUUCAGUUUCUUACAUGAACAGAAAAGAUUGAAGAAGAAAAAAAUGUAGAAAGAAAGUUGCACAAUAUGU